AGGAGCUAGGGUUUUUAGUGCUUAUGAUUUUCUCGGAUUCUACCUGUGUUCAUUUCGAGGCGGUCUUGUGCUUUUUCCCGUGACUUCCGCUUGUCGGAAACUUUCGUUUUCAGUUUUCUUUUUCGUCUGUUUUUGAAUUUGUAAAAAUGGAGAGACCUAAGCACCGGAAGUCGAAGAUUCCUACCGUCAGUGAAGGAUACCAGCAGAUCCGGAAACAAAGAACGGUGCCAAAAUUGGCUUCCCAUUCUAGUUCUUGCAGUGAUGGCACUACCGAAGAAGAUAUUGUCAUGUUUGAGCUUGCGAGGAGCUCUUCGAGGCGAGUUAUUGGAACACCGAUGAAGAAACUACUAGCAGAAGAAAUGUCGAAAGAAACUGAAGCCAGGAGACGAUCUCCUAGUCUUAUUGCCAGAUUAAUGGGUCUUGAUGGGCUGCCAUCUCCACAGCCUGUUCAUAGACAGCAGAAAAAGUUGUUGGGCAGUUAUCAAGAAAGGACUGGAUCGGUGGGGCUUCAAAGGAAUGGCCAAUUGUAUGAGAGCCGAUCGAAUAGGAAGAGCUCAAUGGAGCAGCAACAAUUCAAGGAUGUGUACGUAGACUUGGAAGCAUCACACAUGGUAAACCGCAGUAACUCGUCAAAAUGGAAUGUGGACUCGAAUUUUACAAAAUCAGAGGUAGCAUUCAUGCAGCAAAAAUGCAUGGUUGCAAAACAUAUUUCUUAUGAUGAGAAGCUUCAAGGUUCAAAAGAAUUCCAUGACACACUUGACAUGCUAAAUUCCAGUAAGGACUUGCUGCCGAGAUUUCUUCAGCAACCAGAUUAUCUAUUUGUAAAGCAUCUGCGAGAUGUGCAAAGUGAUCCUUCCAGUUCUGUGUGUGAACACAUAGCGGUUUUAAAGCCUUCAAAUGCUGCAAAGUAUGAAGGCAAUGCAAAAGGAUGGAAAUCGGAAAGGGAAACUUGUUGUAAGCAUGACAUCAGACCUCAUUGGAUACGGGAGGAUGGUCUUUUAAUGGACACCUACAAAAGUCAUGGUGCUCAAAAUUCUGUCAGAUCAUUAAAAGUCCAAUUAGAAGGGAAGGGUGACACAGGUGUUCUUCCGACGAGGAUUGUUGUUCUGAAGCCUAACCUUGUAAAGGCGAGCAAUGGUAUUAAGUCUAUUUCAUCACCUAAAUUUUCAAAUGCUUAUCUAUCUGAUUGUAGGAAGCAUGCAGAAUAUUCUAGUAUUGGGAUUGGGAAGGCAGCUUCACCGAAAAUCAAAGACUUGUCUAAUGAUGUGGCAUUUUCAAGACCCAAGUCUAGAGAAGCUAGAGAACUUGCCAGGGAAAUUACAAGGCAAAUGAAAGAGAGUUUUGGUAGUGAGUCAACCAAUUUCUCGUAUUCUGGAUGUGAGUCUGCAAGUGAGUCUGAGGUGAUAGUAUUGACUUCUAGAAAUUCCGUUGAUUGGAAUCAUCUUCACAAACGUUCAUCUUCUGGUUCAUCUGAGUCAUCUGUAAGUAGUGAGGCGAAGAAGAGACUGUCAGAAAGGUGGAAUCUGACUCAUAGGUAUCAAGACGUGGGAGUGGUUGGUAGGGGUAGCACACUAGGUGAAAUGCUUGCCCUUCCUGAUAAGGGAAUGAGGCCUGAGAAUUUAGAUGCUAUAAUGGUUCUUGAUGGAGCCAGUGACAGAUUUACUAGCAGCAAUAGCGGGGCAGGGUGUGACGACCCUGUGGGUAUCAGCAGUAGGGAUGGUUGGAAGGAUGGAUGUAUCAGGAAUUUGUCUCGAUCAAGAUCACUUCCACCUUUGCCUUUUGACAGUGGAAUUCAUAGAACUAGUGCACGAUGUGAAGCUUUUGUUGAUGACAGGUAUCAGAAGGCCCAAAAGGCCCUGAAUCGCAGUAGAAGUAAGGCAGUGAGAGGAAAUCUUUCUCAGAAAGAAGAUGCAUCCUCCAAAAACUCAAGACCCAUUCGUCGGAAAUCUCAUUCCUCUCGCCACAAAUAUACUGAUAGUGCUGAAUCUUUUUCUGCAGCCCAUUUCAGCCAGUUUCAAGUGGAGAUGAAAUUUGAGAAGCAGGAUCCAUCAGAACAACAGCCUUUGGUUUCUCAGACGCCUGCGAAUAAUGGCCCUUGUGUAAGUUCUAUUGCUGAAGCAGUUGAGGAUGCAGAACAAGAGAGUAUAACAAUGUCAUCCAAAUCUUCUGAUGAAUUUCUCUCGAAUCCAUCCACUUUUUCAUUAGGAAGUGGUGAUUCUUCUGCUCGCGAUGAAAAGAAUCUGAACCUACAGGUUUGAAUAUUUAUAAUGUAGACCAAUUUUUUAAGACUUGUUUAUAAUUUAUUCUUUCA